AUGAGUGAUGGUGGCCAGGUGAGUUUCUAUUUUUUCUUGAAUCUAAAAAAAGUCCAACCAAAUUUUUUAAACAUAAAAAAUUUCCUAGUGCACUUUAUUGAACGUCAGAUUGAGGCAGAACUUGAGAAACCAUUGUAAUUUCGAGGAAAUGAUCUUGAAAACCCAAUGACUUACCGAAUAAAAAUGAAAUGUUUAAUUUCGAAAAAGUUCUUUUUCAGGCAUUUUUCCACGCCAUCACCGGAGUUUUCGUCAUUUUUCCGAACGUCCCACUUCGCUAUGAGGCUUUCGCCAAAGUAAAUCCAUUAUAUUACUGCUAAGAAUCCAAAUUCGAAUCGUUUUCAGUUCAUUCUGGCCACGAUCAACUCCAUCUACCUAGCAGCCUAUCCAUUCAUUUUGAUUUUAUCGACUACUAGAAUUCUGAUAAUAUUCGAUAAGAUGAAACCGAAUCGGAUGAACGGAGUGGUCAAGGUGAAAAAAUAAUCGAAAAACGAUUUAAUUUUUAUCGAUUUUUUUCUGUGAUUUUUCCGAGUUUUUUCCCCGAGUUUCAAUAUUUCAGGCCACGAUUCUCGUCGGUUGCGUUUACACCUUCAUAAUUUGGGUUUGGUCAAUUUCGGGCCGAGUUUUCCACAUGACUCCCGCUGGCUGGGAGUACGAUCUCAGUACAAAAUAUGGACUUCUUCUCAAAAAAUUCGAAAUCUAUGAGACUUUUGGGAUCACCUUCUUCUCUUACAUUUCUCAACUCACUGUGAUCCUCAAUAUUUGGCUGGUAAGCUUUCAAAAUCUUCUUAAGAUGUUUAAUUUGUCCACAGACGCGUCUAAAUGGCUAACUAGGGGAUUUCAAAUCCAAUUAUGAAGACGAUUUUAAGAGUCCUUUUUAAGAAAUCACUUGAGCAAAAAGAGAUUUUUUCGUUUGAGCUUUUGAAAAUAUGGUACUUCUGAGGUUCUAGAAACAAAACUUGUCUUUAAAAAAAAGUGAGUAUACAAAAUCAAAAGUUUCCGGAACUCGAUAUCGAGUAUGUCUUGUAUGUGAUCUGUACUGAACACAAGCUUUCGUAGAAUGAAAUAUUCAAAUCAAAUCGGCCGUUUUCACGAAACGACAGUGUUCAUCCAAAAAAGAAAGAAAAUAUAGCCUCCCGGCUGAAAUAGAAAAUAUUUCGGUUGGUCAAAUUCUCCCUUUUUUGGAUUUUUUUACCUAGGGUUUUUUCAAAUUAUUGGAUUAUCUGCAUAACAAAUUUUUUACCAUCUUUUCGAAAAUAAUAACACAAAAAUAAUUUCAGAACAAGCAAAAAUUCUCCAGUUUGCACUCGAGAAAAGCUGAAAUAUCCAUAUUUUUCCACUCAACGAUUAUGACUGGCUAUUUAACUUUUGUCAAUUCGCUAUGGCACAGUUCAGGUUGAAAAAAAACAACCUAUUUCCUAGUGACUCGAAAAAAGUUCAGAAAGUUUCAUGCCGAAAGAAAAUUGGGCGACGGCUUUGGUACAUGGUUCUUGCGUUAUGAUCACUUAUCUCAACCCGGUUCUUCUCCUAAUUUUCAACCCGUUAGUUUGAAAGAAAGAGAUAAUAGUUCAGCUGGUAGGAGGCUAACUAUGAGCUCAGAAGAUCGCUGGUUUUCGCUCUACCAAGGUUUCGAAAAUCAUUUACAAUAAGUAACGUCGGUAAAGCACUCAUUUAAAAAGUUUAAGAUGAGGAAGUUCAUAGCCAAAUUGGUAAAACUUUAGUUGAACACUUAAAAAGUAACUGCUCUCAGUCCUCGUUCCAACUUUUCAGCCUAAACUUUCAAUAAAGAAAAUAGGGAACAGCUUCAAAACUCUCGGAGCCCUGAAAGAAAUUUAAAUACUCAAGACUUAAAAGUCAUAAACAGUCUUUCGGAGGCGGCCUUUUUUUGCUGAGACCUUCUCGAGACUUCAUAUGACUUGAACUUAGUCUUAAAGUCAACAAAAAACCCGACAAAACAAAUAAUUCGAAAAAAAUCAUGAAAAUUACAGAUCGGUUCGAAAACGCGUCUUCCGAAUCUUCAAAGUCGGAUUGAAGCAAGCUUUGAGAGACAAUUCCGCUUUGAACGGUCGCAGUGUGAUUGCUAUCGCAUGAUCUAUCAUUCAGAAUAAAAAUCAUGAUAAGCUCAACUUUUACACAGAGUUCUGGCUUCACAUACAGAACAAAGAGAAAAAAAAACUUGAACAAUUUUAAUGAUUAUAUAAUAAUAUUGAAUCCAGUUCUUGAUAAAAUAUUCAUCAAAGUGAUUCAAUAGAUAUCUUUUCUUCAAAUUUUGAAGUUUUACUGUCAAAAAUAUGUUUUCUUUGUUUUUUUUUUGAAUUUUUCUAGCUUAUUACUACAAGUAACCGGCUCAAUCAAAAAGCUUGAAACCCGCAGUUUUCGGGUUUUUUUCUGGAACUUUUUGGCGCACCAACAUCCUACUAAUGUUUACCGUCACCUGUGGCCUUUUCUCAAAAAUUCCCUGAAUUUCGAAUUUUCCAUCAAGCUCAAAUGUCCUAAUAGCGUCAUCAAGCGCCUACCCUGCUCAAAACCCCCAGUUCUCUCAAGAAAACCUUAUAAAAGCUCCAAAAAAAGAUCAAACUCUAAAUUUAUCCCGAAAAUUUCGUAAAAUAAAUUCCAGGAAGCAGCAAACUUCGUGACGGUGGGAUGUUAGUGAGGUCUCAUGUGAGAGAAUUUUGUGAAGCCUUUUCAAUUUCGAAUUUACAUUUUCGAAACCGCACCAGGGGCUUCUCAAGACUUAUACAAAUCUUUCGAUUCUCGCUUCUCUCUUUUUUUUUUUUCAAAGAACUUCUGCCAAAUUCCAUGAUAAAGUACAUUCCGUUCAUUUUCAUUAUAUCACUGGUCAGUUUCACGAACGAGAAGGUCAGUUGAAAUUGCAAAAAAAAAAAGAGUCAAAUAUAUAUAUUCAGAUCUUACAAGUUGGAAUGACGACUGCUUUAGACACCAAUACAGAUCUAGCUUCGGUAAGAAAUUUUAUGAAAUGUUUUUUGAAUUAGGGUAGGCCAAUCAUAGUAGAUCUUCAAGGUUUUCAAACCAAGCACAGUCCGGAAUCGGUACAAAAAUGCUAUUGUCAUUUAAAAGUUUUUUUAAACUGUCCUACCAAGAAAAGAAAAACGAUUCCCUAGAAGUACUUCAUUUAUUUUCAGUCCAGUUAUGAAAUUGAUACCAACAAAAACUCUGUCUGAAUUCCUUAUUAGAUCAUCCAAAAAAUUUUUAAGAUUCGCUGGAGUAGCGUGGCGGCAGGAGCCGGCGUCGCUUGGGACCGGAUCGUUGCCGAGCAAACUCUUCCUGAUUACACGCAGAUAAAGUUCAACUUUGACCAUCUAUAAUUAAUGAUCAAUUUUAUAAUUUCUCAGUCUAACGUGGGUGAAAAGCGACUGCGGUGAAGCCAGGGCCGCCGCCGCCAUAAUCGCCUACGCGGAAAGCAAAGCCGAUGUGUUUUUGGGACCUCCUUGUGCCAGAAGUUCGUAAUUUUCCUACUCAUCGUAGAUACGUUUUGAAAUUAUUAAAUGCGAUGAAAAAACCGACUUCUUCUCCUGUCAAAGUUUUAGCAUCAAAAAAAUAAAGCUUUUAAAAAAAUCUUGAAAAACAAGCCUUUUUUUAAUUAAAUUGAACUAUCGUUGAAAAAUAUUCAAGUUUAAAAUCAAACUAAUUUUUUUUUUUGAAUCAAAUUUCAGCUGCAAUGGUGGCUGGAAGUGUCGCAAAAUACUACAAUUUCCCAAUCGUUCUGUGGGGACCGCCUUUCGAUUCGGGCUUAACGAACAAAACCGAGUACCCUACUGUAGUAUCUGCUGUACCGAGUUCUCUAUCGUGAGUUUUGGGAAAUAAUAAUUUUCUUUAUAAUCGAUUUCGUUAGAGACGCAUUUAUCUUUGAACUAUUAUAUAUUUUUGUUUUUGAAUAACUGAUGAUGAUGAUGAAAUAUCAGCAGUUCUAAACCACAGCUAAACUAAAAGGUGACAAAAUUUUGCGUUCAGAGCUCAAAAUUAGGCUUUCGAUAAUAAAUAGGAAAAAUGUCGAUAACAUGUGAUUUGAGGAAUGCUCUUUGAUUCUUUGACUUGUUUCGAAUCUAAAAAUUUUUUCCCGAAAAAAAAUGCGAAGUUAGAUUAGUAUCACAAUCACUCGCAGUAAAUUUAUUUUGAGAACUUGCUGAAAAUUUGUUUUUUCAAUUGGAAUUUCAAUCAGAUUCGCCGUUUCAACCAUCCGAGUGCUGCGAAAAUUUGCCUGGACCGACAUUGGCUUGUUGUAUUACGUGCGGCGGAGCUCACUUGUCGCCCGAUGUCAACUGGUUGUGAACAAUUUGGAAAGUCUGGUCUACGACAGUCCUGACAUCACGAUCGCCUAUCGGAAACAGUUGGACAAUUCAACACCGGCUCAAUUGAAAGAGGCGCUCUUGGGCUUGCGGGAUGUAACCAGAGGUUUUUUUUGUCUUUUUUUUGAAAAAAAUUAUUUUUUCUCAUGAAAAAACAAAAAUUUUUUUGAAGAUCAUAGAACUCGAUAUUCAUGCGGAACUGGAAAGAUGAACUUUUCGAAAAGUAAAAGUUUGCCUUUUUGAAUUCAAGAAGAACUAUUUUUCUGGCUUUUUGAAAAAUUGUUUCUUCAGAUAAAGACUCUAUGAAGAUCCAUAGACCUACUACUCAAUAACUAGCAUAAUUCCCCACAUACUUUUCAGUUACCAUCGUGUGCCUGGAAUCCCUGCAAUCGCGUCGCGAUUUGAUGAUCGCGAUUGCAGACAACGGAAUGGCUACUGAAGAAUUCGUGUGGAUCCUCAUGGAGUCGCGAAACUCUGGAAUCGGUUCACAUUUUUCAAAAAUAAAAAAAAAAGUAAAAAGAAAAACUUCAGACCCAGAAUACUACUACGACGCGACCCAAAACUCCGACUACAACGCAAAAGCUUUGAGUUCAAUCCGGAAUUUUUUAGUUGUAAUGAAAUUCUUUUCGAAAAAUCGAAUUGACUGAUAAAUUUCAGUUAGACGUUCACCCGUACAACGACACGUAUAACUUUGAAUCUUUGGCUCUGGCACGAUUCAAAACGCCGCCUUUUUAUUGCAACAACUGUACAACGAUUGAUAUGGUGAUUUUUUUCGAAAUUCAAAUAGAUGAAAAAAUGUUGGAAGGGAACAUUUCAAUAGUAAGGAAUGCAUAUAAAGUCCAUGAGGAAACCCUUAACUUCCCAGAGAAAAAAGAGCUUUUUUAAAUAUCACAAAACACUCCCUAAGUUAAGAAAAAGAACUGAAACUAAAAAAGCAAUUCUGGCCAAGACUAACUAAAAAAUAAUAAUUUCUAUUCAAAUCAUUCCAAAAAAUUGCGUCUCUUAUAUGCGCAAAAAUCGUGAGAAUACAGUACUUCGUUAUUUUUUACUUGUUUUAUUUUGAAAAAGCAUUCGAAAACAAUUAUUCCAUGAUUCAGCAGAGAACCUACUCUGAAGACUGAAUAAAAUUUCAAAAAAAAAUUUCAAUUUCAAUUUCAAAAAAUUUCAAAAUUCGAAAACACAAAAACCAAGAAAGAAUGAACGAGGAGAAAUUUAGAAAAAAAUGCUCGAAUCCAAACUAUGCGGUCCGCAGUCGUCAUGACCCACUUGUGAACUUUAACGCACAAAAUAAAUUUUCAAGUUUUGAUGGUCUUCAAAAUCCAUUUGCACCAGAAUAAACGACUUGAAAGACAAUAUAGCUGAUUUUAUUUUUUUUUAGAGCCCUGAUUUUGCAAAAAAUUGACAUUUUUCUGUAGAACUGAAUUUUUUUUUUUCAAUAAUCCUUUUAGAACGAUUCGAACAUUGUCCAACUGGCCGAUGCAUUACUUAUCUACGCAACCGCCUUGAAUCGGAGUAUUUCGGCGGGAAAUCCAUCUCCAAACGGCCAACAAAUAGCCGCCUAUGCUGCCGGGGAAUUCGAUGGUAUCUUUUUCGUCUUAUUUUUUUUUCGUAAAUUUCAAAAUUUCAGGUUUCAGCGGUCGAAUAAUAAUCAAUAAUCAAUCGAUGCGCGUGCCAUUUUUCGCCAUCUACACAAUGAACAACAAAAACGAGCCUCAAAUUGCCCUGAGGAUCGUCGAAACUCUGACAAAUUCCUCGGAUAUUACAGCGGUAUCAUUGAUAAUUUUUUUUAAUUCUGUUAAAAAAUGAACGAAAUUUGAGGUGGAAGAAGUGAUACCAUUGCCGAAAAUGUGGGAGACGCGAGGUGGAAUUUCGCCGCAAAACACGCCAGUUUGCGGAUAUACAGAGUUUUCUUUUUGAUUCAGAAACUUCGAAGCGAUCUCUAAAAUGAUUUUUCAUAGUUCAUUUUGUAGUCAGUUUUUCGCUGAGAAAGUUUCGAGCGACUUCAGGACCCAAUAUCAAGUAGAAAAUACGUCUCUUAGUAGUAAUUUUUAUAAGUAUUCAAAAUUUUUCACGACUUUUCAACUAGAUGGGAUAUUCUUCAGACUUUAUCUAGAGAUUCAUUUUAACUUGUUCAUAUUCGUGGAACUUAAGAGAAAGAAAAAAUUCUAAAAUUCUCUGAAAUUUAAUUUCUUCCAGAACCGACUGCCCAAGGACAUUCGCUGAGCAAUAUCUCGCCAUAAUCCUCGGCUCUUUCGGGGGUGUUCUUAUCCUUCUGAUAUUGAUCGUUAUAUCAGUUGUUUGCUUGGUCAAGUUAGUGUCUUCACUAUCAAAGUAAAACUUAAAAAAAUAAUAAUUUUUAAAGAAUUAAAAGAGAAGAGGAAGAACGACUGAAUAAGCUCUGGCAAGUCUCCUUUACAUCACUGACUGCUCCGUCCAGUAAUAAGGUAAAUUUUCUAGCUUUAGGUUUUUUUUUAAAGUGAUCGUUUUUUUCUGAAAACAGAUUGCCAUUUACUUUUUUUUUGAAUACAAUUUUCUGAAUAAAACCAAGCUUUGGAAUGCUCGAAGACCUAAUAGGAGUUUCAAGAAGGACUCGCAGCACAGAGCCGUUCUUAGAGCAAAACCUUUAAAUAUUUUUUCGCGUUUGAUAACCUCAACAAAAAUUUGGAGCUGACUAAACAAGCAAAAUAAAAAAAUUUCUUUCUUGAAAUUAUCAUUUUCUCACGACUGCUUUGUUACAAAAAUGUUCAAAAAAGAUUGGAGCUUCGAAAAAAAAGAAGAAUUUGCAGAAACUGAUGAGUACCCGCUCCUUACAAAGUACAGUAACGUCAAGCACAAAGCUAACAAUCGAUUCAAAAAAGGUACAUGAAAUAAGUAAUGAAAUACAUGAAAAAAUGUACAAAGGAAACCCAACGACACGCCUUCUUUUUCAUGGAGAAAGAUCAAGUCGUGGCCAGGAAACACGCCUCGAGAGUAAUUCUCAAAAAAGAGCACAAGGCGAUGUUAAGGAAGGUUCUUGAAACUCAAAAAAAAAACUUCAAAAUCUCUAAAUUCAGGCAAAAAUGGCUGAGAAUGACAAUAUUUGCAAAUUCGUCGGUCUCUGCCAAGACGGACCAUUGUUGUUCACGAUUUGGAAAUAUUGCGAGCGCGGAUCUUUAUUAGUUAGUGAGAGGAAGAACGUGACGUGACCGUAAAACGUCGGAAAUUUCAGGAUGUGAUAGCCAAAGGCUCCUUGCAAAUGGACUGGUUCUUCAAGUACUCGUUGAUAAGAGAUGUUGCAGAGGUUUGGCAAAUAAACAGAGAACGACUUUGGAUUAAAACUGUUUUGUUAACAUUUCAGAAUAGAAUAGUUAUACUGAGUCACUAUGCUGUCCGAAAAAGCAGCUCUCAUCUGCUACAAGUUUAUUACAUAUGAGCUGCUUUUAAAUGAUUGGAGCUCUCAAACCAGAAAAAAUUGAGCUUCAGAACGCUGCAAAAAUCAUGCUUUUGAAGACUUUGAUUUCCCGACAGAUUGAGCAGUCUCAGUGAUUCAUAACAGCUGAAAAUUCAUUUAGAUUCUCGAAAAGCAUAAAAAUAUCAUAGAGACUCAAAGAGUUGCCCGUAGAAAGAAAAAAGUUCUUUUUAUUAUUUCAUUUUUUUGACUUUCGUUCUAAUAGCCUGUUCUUUAUGUUUAUUGCAAAACCAAAAAGCGACUGUGUUUCUUUCAAUAACCACCUUCAAGGGUCUCUACUACAUCCACCACAAUUUCGGGGCCCACGGUUGGCUGAGUUCCAGCACCUGCCUAGUUGACGAACGCUGGAGGGUCCGUAUCACCUUUUAUUGCAUGGAUUUGAUCAAAAAAGUCGAGCCGAGAACUCCAAAUGGUAUAGCUUAACUGGUAAAAUAAUAAUGAAAGUCUUCAUUUUUGAAGACUACCUCUGGGUCGCGCCGGAAAUGAUGCGCGAUCCAACGAUCCUAUCAACAAAAUCGGCAGAUAUAUUUAGGUACAGACCCUUGAACAAAGUUGAAAAUUUAAAAAAUUUUUUGCAGUUUUGCCAUAGUUUGUUCUGAAAUCAUCACAAAAAAGUCGGCGUGGGACAUUGAGAACUCGAAUAUGGAUAUUGACGGUAUGAUUGAUCUUUAACGAGUAGAAUGGCUAAGGACGCGUUGCGGUCGCGCUGCGUUCUGUAGGGUAGUCAUGGAAGUAAUCAUAACUGCGUCUGACCUCGAACAACCUUUUUCUCCUUUUCCGUAGGCCCGUCCGCCACACGUUCUGUUAUUCUUUCUAACACGGGCGUUUGUAAGCCGUAAAAACACCAUUCAAACUUUCAGAAGUGAUCUACCGAGUGAAAAAGGGCGGCAGAAACCCCCAAAGACCAUUAUUGGACACAGAAGAUGAUCAUAACGUAUCUCUAUCUCUACUUGUGAGGUUUUCAAAUUUGAACAUUUUUGUUACAAUCUUCCAAAAAAAAAAUUCAGAGAUUGUUGGUCUGAAGAGCCUGAACAGCGACCAACGAUAGAUCAGGUCAAAAACUUGAUCCGGAGCAUGAAUCACAGUGGCAGCUCCAAUCUGAUGGACCAUGUCUUCAACGUUUUAGAGACCUAUGCUUCAAACCUCGAGGAAGAGGUUUGAUGUCGUGACGGGCAAGGUAUAUAAAGACAUCCUCAGGUUCAAGCGCGAAUGAAAGAACUGACAGAGGAAAAGAAGAAAAGCGACAUUUUGCUCUAUCGGAUGCUUCCGCCUCAAGUCGCUGACCGGCUAAAGUUGGGACAGUCUGUUGAGCCUGAGACUUUCGAUUGCGUCACCAUAUUCUUCUCCGACGUCGUCUCCUUCACUACUCUGGCCAGCAGAUGCACGCCUCUUCAGGUACUUUUAACACGAUAGAGGUGUCCUCCAAGUUCUAUGGACGAUUCUGAGCCAUUUAGACACCAGUAAAAUGGUCAUAGCGCCUUUCUAGCGCUAACUUGAAAGAGCUAGACCCUUGAGACAAUCGCCACCAGUUGGACUUAUUCAUAAUAUUCUUCAGGUGGUCAACCUGCUCAACAAUCUCUACACGACCUUCGACGCGAUUAUUGGCGAGCACGACGUCUACAAGGUGACGUCAUCUCUCGCGAAGAGAACGAUUCAGAAUAUUAUCAGGUAGAGACGAUCGGAGACGGCUACCUGUGCGUCUCGGGUCUUCCCAAAAGGAAUGGGAACGAACACGCGAAGGAGAUCGCCGAGAUGUCUUUCUCGCUGUUGAGGGCGAUCAAGACUCUUCGGAUUGAUCAUCUACCGGCCGAGAGGAUCAAUAUCCGGGUCGGACUUCACACCGGUCCUGUCGUCACUGGAGUUGUAGGCGUGACCAUGCCAAGGUUCCGGAAUCAAUACCUACCUCUGAUACUGUAGAAAUAAUAGGUACUGUCUUUUCGGCGACUCUGUCAACACGGCCAGUCGGAUGGAAAGCAAUGGGAAACGUGGGGAAAAUCGAAAAUCCGAAUGAAAACAAUGAAAAUUGCAGCUGGAAGAGUUCACAUCUCAACGGAAACCAUGAAAUUUCUGACAGAAGUUAUUGGAGGAUACCGUACAGUGGAACGUGGAGAAGUCAUCGUCAAGGUAGAACUAUAAAAUCGUGAGAAAGUUUUAGCGCUUUGUAUGAGUAUAUUCAGUCCUGGAAAACGUAGUUUUGGUUCGUCAAGGUAUCACCUGAAGUGCGCCAAUAGGUUGUAUAAGGCUCUGAAACAAAUGUCUUUAUGGAGGUUCCGUGAAGCCUCAAAAGGUUAUCAAUGAUCGUAGAAGCUUUGUUAAAGCAUCUAUGAGAAAGUUUCAUGUCAUUCAAGUCUCAAAAAGCUUUCAAUGAAAAAAAUACCUUGAUAUCCUAAUUUUAGACGUUAACAUAACUGGUGACGGCUCUGAGUGUUUAGAUCCCUCUAGUGACCAAUUGAAGUUUUAAAAUGUUAUAGUGAUCUCUUCAGGGGAAAGGCGCUCUAACGACCCACUGGCUUCUGACACCGGAAGAAGUUCAGAUGGAAGAACAGAAUAAUUAAGGCUACUUUGAAAUAGUUCAUUCACCGUUAGCUUUGAAAACAAUACUGCAAAAGAGAUCACCACUAAAACUUGUUCAAGCCACUGGUGAAUGAACUAUGAAAGUUUAGGAUUCGUAUAAUUAGAAUAAAAUGAGAAAUUUUUUGAUGAAACUCAGGCUUGAAAGUCUAUUGCAGACGUGAAACUUCAUUUUUUUUUUCUUCUAUCCACCAAUACCUCUCCUUAAUAUGUACCGCUUUAUUGCUAUUUUUCUUGUUUUAAAUAAAGUCUAUUUGUUUCGAAACAUUCCUAGAACAUAAAGUGUGAGUCAGGUGACGGGUGGAAGACUCAAAAUUGGGGGAAAAACGGCGUUUUGAAAAAAAUAUGGUUUCAAAACAAAUCUCUUUUUCGAAAUUCCUAAGGCUUCUGUCGCAUGUCUUUUUCAGUUUUCCUCCGCAACUAUAUUCCUUUUUGCAAAAUGCUCAUUUUUCUUCCAUUUUUAAUAGCUUUCACUACUGGAAAGGUAUGUCGAUUUUUCGAAUUUUUCCAUAGUCUUUUGAAGAUUCUUCAAGUUGGUCUGAUCACCGCCGCGGAUAGCAGUGAAGACUUGGCUGGGGUAAGCGAAAUGAGAAAUAGAAAAUGGAGAAAAAUGAUAAAAAAUCAGCAAAUCGGAUGGAGCAGAGUCGCGGCUGCUGUCGGAGUCGCCUGGGACCGAGUUAUAGCCGAGAGAACUUUGCCUGAUUAUACGGAGAUGAAGUUUAUUUUACAAUACAAGGAAAAAAAAGCUUGAUAGUAGAUUCAUCGCUAGUCUAAAAUGUCUUGGACAAAUGACUUUUUGUCAGAAUUUUCGCGCUAAAUAUUUUUCAUGCAGUUUUUUUUCCGAGCCCUCAAAAAGGACAUCAGUACUCCCUCUGAAAGUUUCUUAAAAGGUUGCAAGAAACCAUUUUUUUUCUUCUCACUUUCCUCGAUUUUUGUCCAGUAAAAGUGUUUGUUUUAUUUUGUUUCAACUUUGAAUUUCAUAGAAAAUAUCCCUUCCAAGCAAAAAAGCAUAGAAUCCAAAAAUCUUCAGCUUAACCUGGGUCCUCAGCAAUUGCAUCGAGUCCAAGGCGGCUCAAGCUUCAAUUGCCUACAUCGACGCAAAAGCCGAUAUUCUUCUAGGGCCUCCUUGUACAAGAAGUCAGCGAAAAUAUCAACCCACCCAUAAAAAGAAUUUCAGCCGCUCUGGUAGUUGGUUCGAUAGCCAAAGUCUACGACUUUCCGUUCAUGUUGUGGGGUCCUCCAUUCGACAGCGCUCUUUUGAAUGUCACCGAGUAUCCGACGGUCAUUGCCUCCGUUGCCAGCUCUUACGCGUGAAUUUUUGAAAACUAAACUUCAAGUUCUUAUAAAAGAAUCAAUGGCGUUUGAACUCUCCUUUCGGGAAAAAAAAACACCCAAAAUCAAUAAGCGCUCUCUGAUAAAAUCUACGCCUUCAAAAGCUACCAGUUUUUUGGCUUAGAUACUCCGUUUCUGCCAUGAGAAUCUUGCGAAAAUUCAACUGGAAAGAAAUCGGACUGCUCUACAACGUCCGCCGAAGUGCUCUGAUCCCAAGAUGCGAACUUUUCGUGAGCGACUUGGAGAAGCUGGUUAUCGCCUCGCAAGACAUCACAAUCACUUAUCGGAAACAAUUCGACGAUUCCACGCCGGAUCAACUCCGUGAUUCUCUGACAGUACUGCGCGACGUCACCAGAGGUCUCAGAAUCUUCAGAGUUCUCAUGAGAUAUCUUCUGAUUCAGUGACGAUCGUGUGCUUGGAAUCAUUACAAUCCAGGAAGGAUCUAAUGGUUGCGAUUGGUCAAAAUGGCUUGGCGACGAAGGAUUUCGUUUGGAUUUUUGUCGAGUCCAGAAAAGUCGGUUUCGGUGAGUUAUUCACGAGAAAAAAGUUCGGAGUCGAGUAUUCAUUUAGAGAAAUCAAAAAGGUUGAUAACCUGAUAUUUUUUAUUGAGAAUGAUAAGAUAGAGGAUAAAGAGUUGUCGUAUUUUUACUUAGUGAAAUCUUUCGAAAAGUCUGUAUACACUGUUCGUCACGAACUUUGAACAGUCUGACUUGUCUGAGCCCCCUUUUCUCUUAAAAGUGACGUCAGAGAAAAAUGAAAACGACGUUAAAAAAAGCGCAGAAAAAUUGAAAUUUUUUAAAAGUCGUAAUGAAAGCUUUGCUGUUAAUUUAGCUAUAAACUGAUAGUUUAAAAAUAGAAAUAAACGUUUGAAACUUGUUCCUGUAAAGUUUGAAGACAGUAAAUUUCAUUCAUAUGGCUGCACAUUCAAUUUUCUUUUACAUUUUCAACAAAGAGCAUGACUUGAAAAUAAGAUACCCUUCCAGAUCCUCAGUACUAUAUUGAUAAUACAAGGCCUGAUGAACUGAACGAUUACGCUUUGAAAGCAGCGAGAGUCACGAUGGUGGUAAGAUUUUAUGAUUACACUAAGAAUAACUGACGAGAUAAACGCGAGCUCGGUGGCGGUACAUUGACUAACUCGCAAAAAUGUCGCUUUUUUCUAGGCGCGAUCCCGCAUUUCUCUCGGCGCGACCUCGCAUUUUUCUCGGCGCCAUCUCGCAUUUAUCUUGCAUUUCCGAAAUUUUCAAAUUGCGAGAGAAAUGCGAGCUCGCGCCUAGAAAAGUGCGAGCUGGCGCCCAGAAAAAUGCGAGACCGGCGCGAGAAAAAAAGCGAGAUGUUUGCGAGCUCGUCAAUGUACCGCCAGUGUCUCGCGUUUAUCUCGGCAGUUAUUCUUAGUGUACCUUUAAUUUCAAAUUUCAAACCUGAAUACAUCUCAUUUUUCUUUCAGCUAGACAACCAGCCGUUCAACGACUCUGAAAAAUUCGAAAAUAAAGUUAUUGAGCGGUUCAGAACGCCGCCUUUCAAUUGCAUGAACUGUACAUCAAUCGAUAUGGUGAUUCAUUUUUUUUUUCGAAAAAUCUGUGUUGAACUCCUACUCGUCCUAAUAUUAUCGCAUAAAAACGCCAUGCUUUCUCUAUAGUCUCUUGUUUCCCCUGAUAUUUCGAUCAUCUUCUCAGGACGCUUAAUGAAAAAAAAAAUAGUGAAAUUGAUUGAAAAAAAAAAAAUGUUUUACAAUGCUUCCAAAGAUCAAUCUUAAAAAAAUCCUCAAAAUGCGAGCCUAUGAAAAUCACGAUGAAGGCGUGACAAGCCAGUCACAAAAAUCGUGCAACAGAGCGAAUUUGUAAAACUAGACGAGUUGGCUAUGAAUUGUACAGCAAUAUAUAAUGAACUUUUCUUCAUAGAAGAAAUCUUUUCAGGUUGCUUCUAGUGUCGCUCAACUAGCAGACGCUGUUCUAAUUUUCGCGAAAGCUUUGAAUAAAAGCCUGACGGCUGGAAUCACAAGCCCUACCGGCACUGAAAUUUCCGCUUUUUCGAAAGGAGAAAUGGAUGGUUAAAAGAAGUUGAGCGUUAUAAAAACCAGUGAUUGGUUUCAAGGAUACUCCGGCCGGAUAAUAAUAAAUGAGGCCGGUUUUCGGGUCCCGGUUUUGAAUAUUUACACGCUGGACAAAAAUAAUCAGCCUCAAGUUGCCCUAAGGAUCAAGGAAACGCUGACGAAUGGAACCGAUGCAAGUUUGGUGAGGUCUUUUUGCUUGAAAAUCUUGAAAAAAUGAGCAGUUUCCGGGGUAUAGAAGAUUAGAAUUAGAAACUUUUAUUUUAAUGAAUUAGAAACGCUUCAAUUUUUCUGAAAAUCUGAAAGCUUGUUUAUUUUGUAUACUUUUGGCGAGGGAAGAGUGAAAAAAGGGUUUCAAAUGUAUUUUUUAAGCCUACUUUAUAACAGAUGCUUCAAAUCUUACCAAUUUUCAGGCUUUUUUUUUUACAUUAUUCGAUCUUAAUUUACUUCUCAAAAGGACAAAAAAUUGAAGUUUGUAAGUUCUAAGUGGUUAGAAUUGAUGAAAUUUGAAAAAAAUAACAAAAAUUGUUUUUUGGGGAAUUGAAAUUUUUUUUUCGAUGCAAAUUUCUGCUUACUUUUUCGAAAAAAAUUGAAAGAUCAAGGCUAUAUACAUUAUCAGACUAGAAAAACGUUGUUCGCGCUUGGAAUGGCUCGAACUAUUUCAAACAAAAAACUUUAAAUCUCUCAAAAUCAGCUUUUCAAGGUGGAAUCAAUAAUUCCUAUGACGAAAACUUGGGAGGCUCGUGGCGGCGAAACUCCCUUGAACAUACCAACUUGUGGAUUCACUGGGUAUUAUCCAAAGGAUAAUUUGAAGAACAUUAUUAAAAUUCAGAAACGAUUGCCCACAGACGUUUGUUCAAAAGUACUUGGCCAUAAUCCUUGGGUCGGUCGGUGCCGCCGUUUUUUUGAUCAUUUUCGUCAUGUCUUCAACUAUUUGCUUGGUCAGGUAUGUCACUUCGAAAAAAAAAUCGACAAAGGGAAAAAAUUUGGUUCAGAUUGAAAAAAGAAGAAGAAGAGAGACUGAACAAGCAAUGGCAAGUGGAUUUCUCGGCUCUCACAGUUCCAGCAGCUAAUAAUGCAAAGGUAAUUUUUCGCUCUGGAAAAAAAAAAUUCAAACUUCUUGUUGAGAUAUUAUUUGCUUCGCAGUGGAUGUUUCUUCAAGUUUUAACAAUUUUUGUGACAAUUUUUUUUUCAUAAAGGGAUCAUUUGUUCAAACGUCAGGGGUCCCUAUAGGGGUUGCUUCAAGGUUGCUCCUAUAGGGAUCAAUCUGGAGUUCGUAAGUGCGUGCGUUUUGAUGAGUCGAAGUUGAUUGCACCUUUAAAAUUGACUUGAACUUUUUUAAUUUUGGAAUUUAAAGAGAAUGGCGAGUUCCCGGUCCCUUCAAAGUACAAUAACAACGAACACAAAGUUGACUAUCGACUCCAAGAAGGUUUUUUUUUCGUUUUUUGGAAGUUCAACUAGAUUAUAUGAACUUCACAUGAUUUUGGCGAUUCCAAAAGUUUCUGAAGAUUUGCUGAAAAUCUAAAAAUUCAGGAAACAGAGAGACACGCCUUCUUCUUCAUGGGGAAAGAGCAAGUCGUUGCUCGAAAGCAUGCGACAGCAGUUAUGUUGAGAAAAGAGCAGAAGGCCAUGUUAAGAAAGGUUUUUUUUUUCAAAUAAAAUCGUGAACUAUCGAGAAUGAAUAACGCGUCGCGGUACCGCUGUGGUUCGGAUCAGAACUAAAGGAAAAGUCACAUAGAGCAAAUUGCUUCAAUGCUUUCAUAUACACUCGUGCGUAAACCGUUUCAGGUCGGAUUCAUUUUAUUAUUAUUUUUUCCUGAGCAUUAACGCGACCACGGCGCUUGAAACCGUUCCAAUUUCAAGUAAAGACUUUAAUGAAAAAAUUCAGAGCAGAAUGGCUGGUCACGAUAAUCUAUGCAAGUUUUAUGGUCUUUGUCAGAACGGACCGAUGCUAUAUACUAUUUGGCGGUAUUGCGAGCGUGGAUCCUUAUUGGUAUGUUAAACGCGACGCGACCGUAACGCAUGGAACUUUCAAGGAUGUGAUAGCCAAAGGGUCCUUGCAAAUGGACUGGUUCUUCAAGUACUCGCUGAUCAGAGAUAUUGCUGAGGUUUGGCUUGAAACUUCAAAAAAAAAAAUUUGGCUUCUAACCAAAAGCUUACAAAACAGAAAAACCUAAAAAGGCAAUGGUACUUCAUAGGAAAUUCAAUUAGAGAUUAAAAAACGAAAUUUAAGGGCCUCUUCUUCGUCCACCAUAACUUCGGAGCACACGGUUGGCUGAGUUCCAGCACCUGCCUAGUUGAUGAACGUUGGCGAGUUAAAAUCACGUUUUAUUGCAUGGAUUUCAUCAAAAAAGUUGAGCCAAGAACACCGAAUGGUAAUUUUUUCGAAAAACAUUUUCUCAACAUAAAUCCUUCUCAGAUUCUCUAUGGACGGCUCCUGAAAUACUGCGCGAUCCCACUCUUGUUCCUUGUAAAGAAGCCGAUAUUUAUAGGUAGUUAAUGUACUAAAUUUGCCAAUUCAGUCUGACUUGUCUGCGCCCUCUUUCCCUUGACGGCGAGGUCAAAGAUUACAUAUAGUCCGUCGCCGCGACUUGACAGUUUUCGCCUGUCUGCGUCUCUCUGUUCCCUCAUCGGCGAAGUCAGAGAAAAAUGGAAAUAGCACGUAAACAUGAGAGUGGCGUCGAGAGAUAAGGAGGGCGCAGAGAAGACAAGUCGCGAAAAACGGACUUUAAAGUUAGGCAAGAAAAGCCAGAAACUUUCGAAUUUUGGCGAAUAAAGUGUAAACGAAGAUUGAAUAAACGUUUUUUUUACAGCUUCGCAAUCGUGUGCUCUGAAGUGAUCACUAAAAAGUCGGCCUGGGACCUGGAGAACUCCAAUAUCGACUUGGAUGGUAUUGGUCUCACGGGAUCUUGACGAAAAAUUAAUGAAAUUCAGAAGUGAUCUACAAGGUGAAAAAAGGUGGCCGGAAUCCGUUCAGACCUCUUUUGGAAACUGAAGACGAACACAACGUAUCUUUAUCUCUGCUAGUGAGGUAAGAAAGAAAAUUUAUAGUUGCGCUUGGAACAAUACAAAGGUGAGCGGUUGGAAGCCGACUUGAAUUUUCGCAGUUUGCUUCAAUUCUUGAAAUUCCUUCACUCGCAAUUCGUAUCGAGUCGGCGACUCUUGAAGCUUGAAACGAACCAUUCUGGGUGCGGCCAAGACGUUUUAAGUCAGCCGGCCCGAAUGGACUUCGGAUCGAGCAUAUCUUUUCAGAGACUGUUGGACGGAGGAGCCAGAUCGAAGACCCAACAUUGAUCAAAUCAAAAGUUUGAUCACAAGCCUGAACCAUAGUGGGAGCUCGAAUCUCAUGGACCAUGUCUUCAACGUUCUGGAAACGUAUGCUUCCAACCUGGAGGAAGAAGUGAGAAGCUUUGAAUUUUUCCUCAAUUAGCUAAGUCCCAAUUCCAGGUAGAAGCCCGAAUGAAGGAGCUGACAGAAGAGAAGAAGAAAAGCGACGUUCUGUUGUACAGAAUGUUGCCGAAACAAGUUGCCGACCGCCUUAAGCUCGGCCAGUCAGUUCAGCCGGAAACAUUCGACUGCGUUACGAUAUUUUUCUCCGACGUCGUCUCCUUCACGACUUUGGCCAGCAGAUGCACACCACUUCAGGUACUUUUGAGACGAUUCAGAUUUCCUCUAAGUCUCACGGACGAUUCUGAGCCAUUAGACACCAGUAAAGUAUUACUAGCGCCUAUUUAGUGCUAACUUGAAAAAGCUAGACCCAUGAGACUCAUUCUAAGUAUUUUUCAGGUGGUCAACCUGCUCAACAAUCUCUACACGACCUUCGACGCGAUUAUUGGCGAGCACGACGUCUACAAGGUGACGUCAUCUCUCGCGAAGAGAACGAUUCAGAAUAUUAUAAGGUAGAGACGAUCGGAGACGGCUACCUGUGCGUCUCGGGUCUUCCCAAAAGGAACGGGAACGAACACGCGAAGGAGAUCGCAGAGAUGUCUUUCUCGCUGUUGAGGGCGAUCAAGACUCUUCGGAUUGAUCAUCUACCGGCCGAGAGGAUCAAUAUCCGAGUCGGACUUCACACCGGUCCUGUCGUCACUGGAGUUGUAGGCGUGACCAUGCCAAGGUUCCGAAAGUUAUAUAUUUUCCUCUGACACUGUGGAAAUAAUAGGUACUGUCUUUUCGGCGACUCUGUCAACACGGCUAGUCGGAUGGAAAGCAAUGGGAAACGUGAGGAAAACCGAAAAUACCGACAAAAUCGAUGAAAAUUGCAGCUGGAAGAGUCCACAUUUCAACGGAAACUAUGAAAUUCCUGACAGAAGUUAUUGGAGGUUACCGUACCGUGGAACGUGGAGAAGUCAUCGUCAAAGUGGAGAACUUGAUAAUUAUGUUUGAGAUUCAGUUGAAUGGUUUCAGGGAAAAGGAGCUGUGCUGACACAUUGGCUUUUGACCCCGGAAGAAAUCGAAAUUGAGGACAGGAAAAAUGAUUGAAAUCUGUGAAAACUCUUCAGAAUGAAUUGUAUUUUCUUUGAUGCAAAUUUUUUAAGACUGUAUCAAUUGAUUAAAGGAUUUUCUUUGGAUCAAGGAACUGAAAAGCAGAAUCGGAUUAUUGAAAAUGCACCUAGAACUGUGAUGAUUCUCGAAAAAGUUAAAAAUUUUCCCUAAAUUUCAAACAAAACCAAGACUUUCGCGCACAAGAUCUCCCAUUUUUUUUUCUUUAUCAGCCCUUAAAUUUAUCAACUUUCAAACGUAUAUAUUUUUACAGGACACUCCUAAAAAGAAAAAUCUCAUAAGAAUCAAAAUGAACAUUUUCCUUAAUAAUAAAAUAUUUAUUAACAUCAAUGAAUGGAAUCAAAUUGUUAUUCAUUCCGGGAAAAAAAAGCUACACCGGCUUCGUAUAAAAUAGCAAAACCUUGAUGAAAUGGCUUCGAUUUGACUCAAUUCAACGAGAUGAGUUCAAAGUUUCCGGUCAACCUACUCCUGAUUUUAUUACUCUCCAUUUCUUAUGUUAAAACAGAAGUUUCUGCUUUUUCUCUUUUCAAAAAUCAAAACCAUUUGUUUUCAGAUCCUCCAUGUGGGUCUUUUGGCAGCCCGAGACGACAACAUCGAUUUGAACUAUGUUAGUUUUUGCAAAACUUCCGAAUUUCCUAACUUCUCCAACGUAAUUUUGAACGUCUAUUCAAAAAAAAAAAAGAUUAUUGAAAUGGGAGGAAUUAAAGACACUCGGCUGGUCAAGAGUGGCGGCCGCCGUUGGCGUCGCUUGGGACAGAAUUAUCGAGGAGAAAAUUCUACCAACCUACCACCAAUUGAAGUUUUAUUCUUCUUCAUUCAAUUUUUCAUAGAGAUUUUGAGAGUGUUUUCAAAUUGCUAAAUUAAAUGACCCAACUUGCCAAUUAAUUAAUUAAUUGAGCUUAACCUGGCUCGUGAGCAAUUGCGUCGAGUCAAAAGCCGCCGAGGCGGUCAUUUUAUACGCCGAAAAUGCUCAAGUUCUACUGGGACCGCCUUGUAUUGGAAGUUUGACUUUUUAUUAUUCAUUCCAAAAAUCUGACGAAAAGCUUUAAAAAAAAGACUAAUAAAUAGACCUUUUGAAAACUCCAUUUUUUUCCGAAGCAAACCCAAUGAAAAUAUCAGCUUUUUUUUGAAAAGUACAAAAAUCCUCGGGUAGAUCAGCUCUCAUAAUUAUCGAAAAUAAUCAAUUUUAGUUUUCAAAUAUGUAUAACUAGGUUCGAAUUCCACAAAUUUUACCUUCUUCUCUAGUUUUUUUUUUACUUCCUGCUUCAGCGGCUCUAAUCGGAGCCACAGUGGCGAAACAUUUGAAUUUCCCCUUGGUUCUGUGGGGUCCACCAUUUGAUGCGGAUUUAGAAGACCCCUACGAAUAUCCCACCAUCAUGACCACCACUUCAAGCUCUAUGACGUGAGUAAAGUCGAUGGAAAAGCUCAGAGAGAGAGAGUUGAAGAAAUAUAACUUGAAAAUGUCAAAAAAUGCUAUAUAAAGAGAUCUGAUAAAAAAAGUUAAUUUUUUGUUGAAAUCAAAUGUUUUUAAAAUUUGCUAGUAAUGAAAAAUUCCUGCAAAUAAACCUUGAAUAAUGAGAGUUUUUUUUUGUUCUUUUUGGGAGCUAGCUUGGGACGCAAAAAAGGUGUGGCCUGUCUGCGCACUCCACCAACCAGGCACUGUCUCUUUUCUGAUCGUGUCAGGACCCUUUUUUCUAUGGCUCAAAUCAGCCGUGAAUCAGCUAUACUAUCAGCCCUGAAGCUGAAGGAAACGUGAAAACAGUACAAAAAAUCGGUCUUUCAUGCUUAAUACUUCCAAUUUCCAUUAAAUCGAUUUAUGACGGAUAAUUGCUAAAGAAGCAACAAAAAAUAAAAGAAAAUAAAAAAAAUUGAAAGUUUAUGGAUCUAACUUCGCGUGAAAAAUUUUUAUUUGAUUUUAGGGACAACCGCAAUUUCUGUGCAAACUCAAACAUGCAAUUUGACAAAAUCGAAAUGUUUUUACUUUCAAAAAUCCAAUAUUUAUGUCCUGGAAUAUCGCUCUUUUCUCAGCUACGCCAUGUCAGUGGUCCGAAUCCUUCGGAAAUACGCCUGGGGCGAGGUUUCCCUCAUCUAUCACAUAAACCGAAGCGAUCUGAUUCCGAGAUGUGCCCUGGUUGUGAAGAACUUGGACCAUUUGAUCAAUAAGGAGCCGAAUAUUACGAUCACCUAUCGCCAACCAAUGGACGCGACAAAUAAAUCCGAUAUCGAUGAGACUUUGUUGGAAUUCAAGCAAGUGUCGAGGGGUGAGUUUCGGUCAAGAGAACAAGGUCAUACUGUGGGAUUGAGAAUUUCCUGAAAAUUGGAGCCAUCCAUAAUGUACCAGAAAAAGACCUUUUUUUUCUCAGCCUGCAAAAUUUUCUAGUUUUCGAGAAAGGGCGCCUUGAAAUCUGUGAAAAUAGGCCAUUUCGGGGAUUUGAGUCGUCGUUUCUCAUAAACUAAAAAGCUGGGCAGGUUGAGAAUUUCAGGACAUUUUUCUGGUCCAUCAAUGAGCUCAAUGGCCACUUCUCUAGAAUUUCCCGACCGCAAAAUAAAAUGACUUCCCUUUUUGAACUUUUAAAAAUCUAGCACUUUUCCACUUUUCACCCGACUUUUUCAAGAUCAUUCCAAAACAUAAACUUGAGCUUCUUACCACUCAAAGUUCAUGAAAAUAAAGAUCUGUCAAAAAUUAUCUAAUAACAGUGGCGAUCCUCUGCGUGGAAGGACAACGUUCGCCUCGAAAUAUGAUGAUUUCAAUAAAUGAGCUGGGGAUGGACACGGAAGACUAUGUCUACAUUAUGAUACAGAAUCGUAGAACUGGCUUUGGUAAGAAAAAAGGUCUAAAAGUCAAAAACCUUCUUUUUAAGACCCGAAAUACGUCCAAUUUCAAGACGUUGAUGAUGGAAACGACCCGAAAGCUUAUAAAGCUGCCAAAAGAUUUAUGAUAGUGAGUUCAAAAAUAUAUGAACGUUCAAAAUUGGAAUUGAAGCUUGACAAUCAACCGUACAACGAUGCGGACGAACUUGCGGAAAAAGUGAAAGAACGUUUCAAAACUUCGCCUUUCAACUGCACAAAUUGUACGAACGUCGAUGUGGUUUGGGUCUUUUCUCGAUUAAAAACUUGAAAAUCAUUGAAAAAAGGUCGAGUCGAAAUAACCUUUUUCAAUUUUUACAAGACUUGUCUAACACAACUUUCUUUUGGGAGGACUAGGAAAAAGAAAAAUCUUCUAAAGUGUCCACCUAAAAAGGUAUCCUCUAAAGUUUCAAAAAAUGACUAUUAAGAUUAUGAAAGCUAGGAAAACUAAAUUUUCGGGAUUUCUUUUCACUAAAUCUCAAGUAUCAGAAACUCUUCCAGUUUUACAAAAGAUGAUAAAAAAAAAUGACUUUUUCCCUGAUUUAAAAAAAAAUGCGACCCUUCCAUCUUUGAACCGCAGGAAAGGCCAUCAAUAUUUUUUUUUACUAAUAUACUUCUCUAAUGAAGUGUAAACGCUUGAAAUAGUGAUAAACUUCUGUGCGAAGAAUUUCGCUAAAAAAAAUUCCUCAGGAAAUUUAUCAGAAGAUUUUUGAAAGGCAAUUAUUCCAGAGUCCUUUUUAAGCUUUUUUUUACGAGUUGCGUAGGCUUUCACAACACCUCGUUCAACUUUCAAGAAUUUCACAAUUAAUUUUCCUCUCAUUCUCUUCCAAGUCCCCUUUUCUGUAACUGAACCAUACACGGGAAAGAAAAAACACAAUGAGUCCAGGAGGAGGAAUUAAAUCACGAAAAUUUGAAAAAUAAGUACUAGAAUCAACUUUUAACUUCAAGAAGGUAAUGUUGAUAAUAUCAAAACUAAAUUUAAUCUCGAGGUAGUACCGACUUUGAUUUAAGAAUAAUUCAGAUGAGACGGCCUUUUGAUGAAUUCUGCCCAUGAAUAAAUUGAACAGCAAUGAAUCAACUAUCAAAAAAGGUGGAAACAACUUCAGAAGGAUACGAAUGUUGGAGCCCUGGCCGAUGCGAUGCUUCUUUACGCCAAGGCGUUGAACAAAAGUAUCGCCGACGGGAAACCGAAUCCCACCGGGAGAGAACUUGUUUCUUACGGCUCCAAUCUCACUUAUCAUGGUUUUCUCAUUUCAUUUACUUUCUCUGAAAAUCCUGCCUUAAAACAGCGGGAACUGCAAAGUGUGCGCGGAGCGGUCGCGACGCGUUUUUGGCGCCAAUUCAAAAAAUAUCGCAUUUUCUAUCGAAAUUCUUUUUUAUUUGAAUAAAAGGGCAAAGAAUCUUCUUUGAGAGGCAAUUGAUAUGAAUUAGUUUUGUCAACAGGAAACCUGAGAAAACUUACAAUUUGAAUUGACGCCAAAACUAAUUUUCAAGUUGUUCAAAGCCGGCAAAAAAUUAAUCAUAAAAAAAUGAAAAAUAAAAAAAAAUUAAGGCUACUCGGGAGUUUUCAUAACAGACGACGAUGCGUUACGAGUUCCAGUCUUUCUUGUGUCGAUUCUCGACGAAAAAAAUGAGGAACUUCACGUUUUGAGAAUCGUUGAAAAUAUGGACAACGAGACCGACUUGGUUUGUUUCUUAAAACUCUUCUGGGAAGCCUUGGCCACGCGGUGAAUGGCUUAAAAUACGUCGCAAAAGUAUAGCUGAUUCACGGCUGGCUUGAGCGAUCGAAAAAUGGGUCCUGUCACGAUAAGAGAAGAUACAGUGUCUGGUUGGUGGAGAGCGCAGACAGGCCACGCCUACUUAGCGUCCCAAAUUAGCCGUGAAUCGGCUAUAGUUGAGUCGGUCGCGGUCAAUCCACGUGCGACCAAACAAAAAAAAAAUAAACAAAUGAUUUAGGUUGAAGAACUCGUGACGCCUGAAGUUAUGUGGGCAACUAGAAAUGGAUUUAUUCCACCGAGUCGACCGGAUUGCGGAUUCUUAGAGUUAGUUGAACUUGAAAGUUUCGAGCGGAAUUCGACAGUUACUCAAGAAAAACUAUAGAAGAAUGAAAAAAUUUGGUUGUUUCCAAGAGAUCUUCUCCAAAAGCAGUGCUUCAUAAUGGAAAAAACCUAACGAAAAAAGAAAAUGAUCUUGAUAAGAAAAAACAUUUUAAUGCUUUGAGAAGUUUCUUGUUUCCUAGAAUAUGAAAGAGCCGUCUAGAAAGAAAAUGAACUUUUUCCAGGAACGAAUGCCCCAAAACCUUCGCCGCAAAGUAUUUCGGAAUGAUCUUCGGAACUUCUGGCGGCCUUAUUGUCGUCAUAGCUCUGUUGAUUUUUCUCACUGUUUUUGUGAUCCGGUGA